AUGAAUGGGCCCGGUGGUUCUAUGGAUGCUGUUUCAGCUGCAAUUCAAGUCUUGGAGGAUGACCCAUGCACAAAUGCUGGUCGGGGCUCAAAUUUGACUGAAGAUGGUCAUGUGGAAUGUGACGCUAGUAUCAUGGAUGGUGAUUCUGGAGCAUUUGGGCCGUUGGAGCUGUACCAGAAUGGCAUCCAGAUUGCUGCUUUGUUAGCCAAGGAACAAAUGUCGGGAUCAUCACUCCUGGGUAGAAUACCUCCCAUUGGCAACUGGCAAGUAAUGUAUCUCAUUCUCAUUUGGGCAUGCCAUUUGUGUUCGUCCUUCAAGUCUUUGUUUUCUUAUGAGACCUUUCUCAUGUUGCCCAGCUUCUUGGUUGGAGAAGGUGCACGCAUAUGGGCAAAGGCCAAGGGCAUUCCUUUGCCACCUACUAUGGCAGAGGCUGAUAAGUGGCUAAUUACAGAGAAGGCAAAAAGACAGUGGGAAAAGUACAAAGCAAUGCUUGAUGAUGCAAAAAACAGGACUGCAAGGAUUGAUGCCGAACUUUGUUCUAGCCAUCAGGAGAACGGUGCUGUGUUAGAUCCAGAUGAGGAAGUUGAUACUUCAAGACCAUCUUUACUGGUGACACAAGUCUUGUUUAGACACCUUGAAUCGGAGAGACAAAUUUUUGUCCUUAUCCUCCUUUGUUCUGGAGAAAGGAUAGAGACAAAAGUGGAAUGGGCAUACACCCAAGACUCGUCUGAUUUUUGCCAGGAUGCAAUCCGGCCCAUUGAUGUCUUUGCAUGUUUUUGUUAUUCUUUAAACAAGAAGCACGCUCAAUCACACGAGAAUUCAAAUGCCAGUGGGGGACACAAACUACCCUCAGUGUUGAGUGCAGUAGAAGAUGACUGCAUUAUGGACACUGUUGGCGUUAUUUGUGUUGACACUGAAGGACAUAUAGCAUCUGGGGCAUCAAGUGGCGGAAUUGCAUUGAAGGUAAGUGGUCGUGUGGGAUUAGCUGCAAUGUAUGGCUCAGGUUGCUGGGCAUCCUCAAAAGGCCCCUUUGGGGCUCCAUUUAUAGUUGGUAGUUGUGUUAGUGGUGCUGGAGAAUAUUUAAUGAAAGGAUUUGCUGCUCGGGAGUGCUGUGUUUCAUCAUCAAUGCUUGUGGAUCUAAGGUGGCAAUCUUUGUUGGACAGAUCACAGGCAGGUCCGGCCUCUUCUUGCACAAAAGUGUUACGCUCUGUAAUCCAAGAGAGUACCCAGCAUGGUACUGAUAAAAGUGCUGGAAUUCUAAUCGUUCAAGCCGAGGCUCCUGUUACACUUCCUGGGAAUCUGCCUAAGCUGAAAGCUGUAGAGAUUGCAGCUGCCUACACAUCCCAGUCUUUUGGAAUAGGUUAUUUUGGAAGCACUAUGGAGCGUCCCAAGGUGUCAAUUCUUAGGAGUACAAAGCAGCGAAGUAGGAUGGGCAUUGAUCAGUUUGCAGCCCGGAUAGAUGUUUGUGUCAAGAAACCGUAG